AUGUUCAUCUUUGAGUUUUUUAUUUUAUUUAUUGUCUGCCUCUCUCCUUCAGAUGGACAGGAGCUGAAGCUGCAGCGCAGCAACUGUCCCAUGUUCUGGUUCAGCUUCAACGGUCGCUGCUACAAGUAUGUCGCCACACCCCGGACCUGGGGAGAAGCAGAGCUCCAGUGUGUGUCAGAAAAGGCCAACCUGGUGUCCAUCCACAGUCUGGAAGAACAUCAAUUUGUUGAGUUUCUGACCAAGAACUUUGACCCCUCUCAGGGAGAAACCUGGAUCGGACUCACUGAUGUUCACAAGGAAGGAGGAUGGAUGUGGUCUGAUGGGUGUAAAUAUAGUUUCACUCACUGGAAGGACCACGAGCCAAACAAUCAGAAAGGAAUUGAACACUGUGGACAAACCAACUAUGGAGAGCAUUUUAGGUGGAAUGAUAUUCCUUGCUCAAAGACUUAUCCUUUUGUUUGUGCGUCUCGCAUAGCUUGUCCUAAGUAG